GCACUCUGUUAAUCAACCAGCUGUGACAGCAAAACAAAGGGUGAAAAAGAAGCCGAAAACUACGCAAAAUUCCUAAAGAAGCCUUAUUUAUUCGGAAGAAAACAAGAAUUAUUCUUCUUUGUACAGAAAAAGUAAGAGUUAAUAGCAUUUAGACAUCAUGGGAGUUUGUCUUUCCUGCUGUGGCCAAAGUGCCGAGGAGACCAACCUAAUGCCAUCGCCCGAAGAGCGCCGGCAGCAGCAGUUGGAUGCGGCGGAAAAGCGUCGUCAGGAGAAUGAACAUCGGGGAAUUAAAAAUCCGGAAAGUGUAAGGCGACAGCAACAAAGAGCCGAGGAACUUCAGCGAAGGGAAGAGGAGGCCGCCCGUCAGGGUCAAGGAGAGUCCAAUCUAAGGUGGCAAACGAGCUAAAAAUAGGAGGAUCCUCAUCCAGGCAAUGCUUCUAAAGCAUAUCCACCUUUUCCCCUUAAUGUAAACUGCCUUUUGCCCAGGCCUUUUGUACUGCUCCGUAUUUGUAUUGUACUAUAUACACCCCGUAUUCCGAUCGAUUUAUACGUCUAAUCUUUAUGAACGGCCACAGCCACCAUCAUCCAAACUUUUAUCUGGCGACCAAAAUGUACAACCAAAAAUAAAAUGUAAACCAAAUUGUUAUCAGUGAUCAGAAAAUCAAAAAAAAAAAACAUAAAUACUUCUUGUACGGAUUAGUUGGACUAAGUCCGGAAGAUUAUUUGUAUUCUUAAAGGUUUGAGUUAAUUUUGUCAUUCCUGUUUUAAUAAAUUUACUAUUAUGUUGUACAUAGCACUUAAAUCAGUAAAUAAAUUCAUAUCAAAUAUCAAA